UUUUGACCGACUUGUCAGUCCUUUCACUGUGCACAAUCAUUCAGCUGAAUGAACAGCCUUGCACAGCCUACACAGGGCAUCGGCACUCUAUUUAUUCAGCCUAGUGUGGGUCAUAUUUACCUGGUGACAGCGACAAGGGAUUAAUAUCAUCUAGCAAUAACUGUGUCUCCGCAACGAAGCUGGACGAUCAUGCCCCCUAGAUAGCAGCCUUGUCCUCCUCUCACUCCCCCUCCCUGGCCUUUGGCCUAUUCCUCUACCUUCCUGGUCCAGUGCCACCACUACCACCUGUGUCACACCACAGCCACAAUGCCCCCUAGGAAGAGGACACGGCCGGGUUUGGGCUUCUUAUGCUGCUUUAGCAGCACUGAGCCCCCGGAGAUCAACUUGAAGGACAGCGUGCCCCUGCAGCUGCUGGAGUUCAGCGCCCCCAUGCCGCCUGCUGAGGAGCUGCAUGCGCGGUUCUCCGAACUGGUGGAUGAACUGGACCUGACGGAUAAGAACAGAGAGGCCAUGUUUGCCCUGGCCGAUGAGAAGAAAUGGCAAAUCUAUUGCAGCAAAAAGAAGGAGCAAGAGGACCCCAACAAGCUGGCCACCAGCUGGCCUGACUACUAUAUUGACCGCAUCAACUCCAUGGCUGCCAUGCAGACCCUGUUUGCCUUUGAUGAGGAGGAAAUGGAAAUGAGGAACAAGGUGGUGGAAGAUCUGAAGACAGCACUUCGGACUCAGCCAAUGAGGUUUGUAACACGCUUUAUUGAGCUGGAUGGCCUCACCUGCCUCCUCAACUUUCUGCGCAGCAUGGACUAUGAGACGUCAGAGAGCCGCGUCCACACCUCUGUCAUCGGUUGUAUCAAGGCCCUGAUGAACAACUCUCAGGGCCGUGCUCACGUCCUGGCUCACCCGCAGAGCAUCAACACUAUCUCACAGAGCCUGCGGACAGAGAACAUAAAGACCAAAGUGGCAGUGCUGGAGAUUCUCGGAGCAGUGUGCCUGGUGCCUGAUGGACACAAAAAGGUGCUGCAGGCCAUGGUACAUUAUCAGAAAUAUGCUGCUGAGAGGACUCGGUUCCAGACACUGCUGAAUGAACUGGACAGGAGUAUGGGCCACUACAGAGACGAGGUCAACUUGAAGACAGCCAUCAUGUCCUUCAUCAAUGCUGUGCUCAACGCUGGAGCUGGCGAGGACAACCUGGAGUUCCGUCUCCACCUAAGGUACGAAUUCUUGAUGUUAGGCAUCCAGCCAGUGAUCGACAAGCUCCGACAGCAUGAAAACGCCACUUUGGAUAGGCAUUUGGACUUCUUUGAGAUGGUGCGGAAUGAGGAUGAUUCAGAGCUAGCCAAAAGAUUCGAUAUGACCCAUAUAGAUACUAAGAGUGCCGGUACCAUGUUUGAGCUGCUCAAGAAGAAGCUGAGCCACACGGACGCAUACCCCCACCUCCUUUCCAUCCUCCAACACUGUCUGCAGCUGCCCUAUAAACGUGGUAGUGGCAGCAGCAUGCAUCAUUGGCAGCUUUUAGACCGGGUCCUUCAGCAGAUAGUCCUACAGGACGACAAGGGAGAGGACCCUGACAUCUCCCCUCUGGACAGCUUCAGUGUUAAGAACAUCAUUCGCUUGUUGGUCAAUGAGAAUGAGGUGAAACAGUGGCGAGACCAGGCAGAGAAGUUCCGGAGAGAUCAUGCAGAGCUGCUAGGUAAACUAGAGAGGAAGGAGCGGGAGUGUGACACCAAGACCCAGGAAAAGGAGGAGAUGAUGAAGACUCUGAACAAGAUGAAGGACAAGCUACAGCGUGAGGGUGUGGAGCUGCGUUCAGCCAGGGACCAAGUCCUGGACCUUUCAUCGCGGAUCAAUGACAUAGCUGGUGGCAGUAUGUCUUUCCCUCCCCCUCCUCCCCCUCCUGGUGGCCCAGUGGGUCCUCCUCCACCACCUAUGAUGGGUGGCUUCCCUCCACCACCACCUCCACUACCUUUCAGCUGCCCGCCUCCUCCGCCACCUCCCCCACCACCUGGAGCCCCGCCUCCUCCACCAGGAGCCCCUCCCAUUUUUGGAGCUCUGCCCCCUUCUAUUCCCUCUUCCUUCAUCUCCACGACCACUAUACGUUCUAAGUCCAUCCCCCAGCCUUCUCAUCCCCUGAAGUCUUUCAACUGGGCCAAACUCGGAGCGAAUGUGAUCAAUGGCACCAUCUGGAGUGACAUAGAUGACCUUAGAGCUUUCAAGGUUCUUGACCUCAAGGAUAUAGAGAAGAUGUUUUCAGCCUAUCAGAGACAACAGGACCUGCUCACUAACCAAUCCUUCAAACAGAAAGAGACGGGCUCUAUCGAUGACAUAUAUGUCAGCACUCGGAAGGUCAAAGAACUAUCGGUCAUUGAUGGUAGACGUGCACAGAACUGUGUCAUCCUGCUUUCAAAGUUGAAAAUGAGCAAUGAAGAGAUCAAGAGGGCGAUCCUAGAGAUGGAUGAGAGAGAAGAGCUAGCCAAAGAUAUGCUGGAGCAGCUGCUGAAGUUCGUCCCAGAGAAAAGUGACAUUGAUCUGCUGGAGGAACACAAACAUGAGUUGGAGCGCAUGGCCCGGGCUGAUCGCUUCCUCUUUGAAAUGAGCAGAAUUGACCACUACCAACAGAGACUGCAGUCUCUGUUCUUUAAGAAGAAGUUUGCAGAGCGUCUAGCUGAAACCAAGCCUAAAGUUGAAGCCAUCUUGAAUGCAUCCAAGGAGGUGGUUCGGAGCAAGCGCCUGACUCAGAUCCUGGAGGUGGUGCUGGCCUUUGGUAACUUCAUGAACAAGGGCCAGAGAGGCAACGCCUACGGCUUCAAGGUCUCCAGCCUCAACAAGAUUGCUGACACGAAGUCCAGCAUAGACAGGAACAUCACCAUGUUGCACUACUUGAUCAUGAUCUUUGAGAAGAACUACCCAGACACACUGCAUAUCCAUGAAGACCUCAGCAGUUUACCAGAGGCUGCCAAAGUCAAUUUGGCUGAGUUGGAAAAAGAGGUGCACAGUAUCAAAAGUGGACUGAAGGCUCUUGAGGCGGAGCUGCACUACCAGCAGAGCAGGACCAGGGAACGUGGGGAUAAGUUUGUGGCUGUGAUCAGUGACUUCAUCACGGUGGCUGGCUUCAGCUUCUCUGAACUGGAGGACCAGCUGAGUGAAGCCAAGGACAAGUUUGCCAAAUCUCUGAAGCAUUUUGGGGAGGAAGAAGGGAGGAUGCAGCCUGAUGAGUUCUUUGGAAUCUUCGACACCUUCGUACAGUCAUUCAGUGAAGCACGGCAAGACCUGGAGAACAUGCAGCGGCGCAAAGACGAGGAGGAGAGGAGGGCACGAAUGGAAGCCAUGCUCAAGGAGCAGAGGGAGCGGGAACGGCGUGCCAAGAAAAGCGGAGCCUCAGAGGAGGUCGGCGGGGAGUUUGACGACCUGGUCUCAGCGUUGCGUUCCGGCGAGGUCUUUGACAAAGACCUAGGCAAGUUCAAGCGUAACCGCAAGCGCUCUGUCAACCAGCUGGUGGAUGGCGGUGGCCGUGAACGAGCCAUCAGCAAGGUCGACUAUUAGACUGGGAAAAGGAGAGGAAAACACACUAGACGCAUCAUUUCCGCCAUGGUGUAGAUCUCUUAACACCUUUAGUCCAGGUUCUCAAAGUGUGACCACUGGCAUUGGAGAGGAUGUAAAUAAUGGCUGGACUGGAUGUGUGACUAUGGACAGCAAGGCCAUUUUGAAGGAUGCAACACUCUCCUCUGAUUGGUCUUGUAAAGCUAUUUCCAACCUCUUUGUCCUGGACAUUGUGUGAUUUCCUGAGCAUGGACAUGGAGUUGGGAUGUAUGGAUAGACAGACCACUGUGACACCUUAUCCCAUGUCUUUUGAUCAUGUCCUUUUAGCACUGUGCUCAAGCUUCUCACUGUCUUUCACCUUGUUUCUCACUGUUCUUCUUACCCCACAAACCCUUUGGUGUUCCCCAGUAAGUUCUUUGGUGCUGGAGCAGGCCCAACAUUUUGCUACCAAGCUCUUAAACACACAGGACAUUGAUCACCCAGUCACACUGUACAUAGACACGAGGGCAAGAGAAAGGACUGGGGAAAGGACUAUGAAGCUCCUCCAGGUGGAUUUAAAACAACAGGUUGACGGGGGAACUAAGUCAAAACCUCGACACUGAUGGUUGCUUCAGGCGUCCCCCAGAAAAGAGUUUUCAGCCGGAAUGGAUCAACUUUCAUAAGCAGAUAAGGACACCGAGUCAACAAGUCCCAGAAUGCUUUGUAGGCAUCUGAAAGCAUGUAGAACGACAUACAACAGGGAUGAUGGCUUCACCCCGUGGCCUCCUCCAACACACAGCAUUCCCAGGCAGGAUGCAUCCCAGGCUGCAGUUUCACACGAUACAGCUCAAAAAACCCGUAACAACUUCUCAGCUUGCUCCACCUGACAAAAUGACUGCACCACAAGGGUCGAGCCCCACCUGCACUCUUUAAGGAUUUCAACAUUGUUUUGGCAUUAACCAGUGCCAAAGCAGAGAAACAAACAAAUGUAAAUGUAUUAAUACAAAAAAUACUGCAAUUAGGCCUUGAUAUAUAUUUAUAUUUAGAUGCAGAUGAGCUAAUUGCAAAGAUGUAGAGGUUUUUAUGUUUUCAUGGCAUUUUGGGGUUUUGUACAUACAAUGAAUGGUUGGUUGCAAGUUCACAUCGAUGUUGAAGUGAAUUCCUAUACAUUUUGCGCUUUAGGUAGAGAAAAAAGUUAAUUGCUUGUCCUUUUACAUCUGUCUUUGUUUGCACUGUAGCUUUUCUGAAAACUUUACACUCAUUGGUUUCCACAAGCCAACCUACACUGUCCUCUGGAAAAAGUCCUCUCUGUACUUCCAUGACUUUUAUUUGUAACAGAGAUAAUGAAGGAAUGCCAUAUAUGAAUUUACAAUUAAAGGCACCAUCUGCAAUUAGUUAGUGCUUUCCCCCCGCUCAGCCAUCAGUCUGCAUGAUUCACAUCAGGUUGUGGAUGGUGUACUCUGCUCCAUCAGCUGCAAUAAAAUGCCACAUGGACUCUCAGUAGGGGCCAAAAGGAUGCUGCAUCACUGUGUCUUUAACAACUCUCAUCCACACUACAUCUAGGAUCUGUUUCACUGGUGCUACAACAUGUGGUCUCUGGCCAGAGCCAGAGGACUUUACCCUCACCUCAGGUUAAACUAGUGCUUGGUGACUCUGUUAUCCAGGUUCAUCAUGCAGUACCUCUGUGUCUGUUUUAGACCACGCCAUGUGAAGAGGCUGUUAUUGCAAAAUCGGAGCGCAACAAAUUUCUUAUAGCAGCUUGAUGUGAAUGUUUAGGGUUCAUUAAUGGUGCACACUGACAGGAGGAUGAUAAGAAGAACAGCUUGAGAAGUAGUCGUAGAAAAUCCUUAAACAACCCUUAUGUCCAUCUUUCCUUCCAACUUAUGACUAGAACCUUUUUCUAUGACCUCUUCAUUACCACAACAGUCAGGCCCCCAUAUUAUAGCCAACUUAGGUCAUUUCCUUUGAGUAUACACAAUAUAUAUUGUUUUUAAUUUAUAUGUGCUUUUGUAAGACUUUACCAAUAGAUAUGACAAAGGUUGGGAUCUAUGUGGUUGUCUUACUAAAACAAAGAUCUUGUUGAAGGUGGACAAGCUCUGAUCCUGGGCUGAGCACUCGGCUGCUCUCGGUGUGUUGGAAAAUAAGGAGGGUGAUGGGUUUACACUCCACUUUGAGACAUGAAAUGGAAAAGGGGGCUCCAUGUCUGCCUAAAACUGUAUUUUCCUCAUAGGCUGUUAACAAUAACAGUAAACCAGAGGAUUGAUAUUACAGGCCUUUUCCUCAUUCCCCAAAUCUCAGAGUAGCACUUGGCAAGACAUUUCCAAAUGAAUAUUGUAAUUGAACAUCUGUGUGAAUUUGUAGUGUUUCCGAAUGAACUGAUGGACCCACCAAUUAACACAAGCUACAACCACUAGAGACGGAGAAGCUACAGCUGACAAAGACUCUAUAUAUGUAUUAGUAUCUCUGUUCUCAAACAUGUUUUAAUUGACAUAUUUAAGUGCCUCUGACCCAGUUUUCUAUAUGUACAGUACCAUUCCUAUUGUUGCAUUGUAGUGCUUGUGGCUUUACAAACAAUGUACAAUAUUUGCUUGUAAAAUGCAGCUCACAGUUGGAAUGAGACUGACUGGAGCCAUCUUGUGGCUUCAGAUAGUUCACUUUGAGUUGCAGCAUCCUAAGCAGUUCAAAGCAGUUCCCCAAUGUUGUUGACAUGAUGAGGCAUUUGACCCUAACUCCAGGCACAGUGAGUCACCACUGUCUCCUAAAUAACAGGUUUACCUGACGUGUUACCUAUGCACACAUGUCCCGCUGCCUUUUCUCCAAAAGCUUCAGUUUACCCAUAAUCCGCUCAUCCUAUCAGAAUGUGUAGUGCUUUAGUGCUUCCUCUAACUGAAGCAAAGAUGAGGUGAUCGCAAAGAUGAUGCGAGACGGUGCAGAUAGGAUCUUUAAGCUGUUGAGAUUACCCAGUAAAGCAAAGAGACACUGAAAAAUCAGUGAAAUCCUUUAAGUCCUAAGAGAAACAGUACAUGAUUGCCUAUUGUUUAACCAGCAUCUCAUGUAUAUUUGAGCUAUUCUGUUUUCUAACCUCUCCUCCUUUGUCUUUUGAGUUAGCCAGGGUUAUUAGUGUAUCAGACUUUGGCAGAGCCUUUAAACUCUUAGCUUUAACCUUAAUGUAGUGCAGACUGUUAACUGAGGGGAACUGCAACUUUUGCCAGUAUUAUUACAUGUUUGCAUUGUUUCUUGUUUGGUUGUUUAUUUGGCCAUUGACUUGGCUGAUCUUUGGAGUGUAAAGAUGGAAAUCAGAGGAGUGAAAUUAGUAGCUUGUUCAAUGCACUUUUAUUGUGGGACUUUUCCAUUUGCAAAGUUGCAGCACCAUGUUAAGGGUUCAGAUCCCUCUGAAAUGAGAAGGGUGUAAUGAAAGAGCGGUGCAACAGAACAUGGUGUGUAGAAGAGAGACAAAGGGAAAGUGAGGUCUGGGAGUCUGGCUGGGCCGUUGGAAAUGCAUUAUAACAUCACAGUUAUAACGGUCUGUUGAAUGGCAGAGAUGGGACAAACAUGAGGUGACACAAAGUUUUGAAGCCUCAACUGUCUGUCACCUUGGUGUAUUAAAAAAAAUUAAAAGGGAGUGGGAUGUUCUUCCUUUGACACCACCACAUUUGUCAGAUCUUGCACUUGGCAUCGACCUGCAUGCCUAAAUAAGGGUGCACAGAGUGUGAUGUGCUGACUUAAACAUGUAAGAGAAAAUUGCUUGCAAUAUGGAGCGCCCCUGUUACACAUUUUGUUACUGCCUGAGAAAAGUUGCAGCCAGUUACAGAGGUUGUAUCGUUGUGAGGAGUCAGUAUUUUUAUGGUUGGAAAAAAGUAUCCUCCACAAAAAAAAUGUACAGUCAGGGGAAAAAAGCGUUUUGUACACCGUUCAUGUUGUUUGAGAUGAGAUUAAAGAAAAGAUGAAAACAUUGAGGAAUGUUCCAUUUUCCUGUAAAUUGUACCUCUAUUUAUUUGCCUUUAGUUUGCUAUAUUUUGUAUGUACACACAGCAUUACAACAAAAUGUUAUAUUAAAAAUAUGAAUAAUUAAACUGUGGUCUGAGUAUGAUGGAUAGUCCGGAGACUUUAGUUUUUUAAUUUCUUAUUUUUUUCUUCUGUAUUUUUUUCUUCCCCUGUGUCUUUUGUAG